AUGGAGAUGGUGAUAAUGGAAGAGGUGUGCCAGCGACGCAGCUCAGUACCAACAAACAGGCAAGCAACCAUAACCAUGAAACCCCACAAACUCCUCAACCCUCAGACCCUACCCUCCAAGCUCAGACCCAUUUUCCUCACAAACCACGCUCCCUCCUCCGCACCUUUCUCUUCACUCACUCAUCCAGAAAACCCCACAGACCCUCCACCAAUAACCCGCCGCUCUCUACUCAAAACCAUCCAAUCUUCUCAGUGGCAUUUCAUCAAACACCUUUCGCCCAACCUUUCCCCCUCUCUAAUCUCCGAGGCCCUCUUUGAACUCCAAAAAAGCCCUCAACUUGUCCUUGAAUUCAUCUCCAAUGUCGAUUUUCACCGCCUGGAUAUCCAAACCCGUUGCCUCGCCAUCGCCAUUGUCGCCCGCCAGUCUUCCCCACAAACCGCUUUAGAACUCUUGAAGCAAGUCGUUGGUAGUGGCAUUGCUACAAUCAGAGAGAUUUUCAAUCCACUGGCGCUCUCGCGGGAGCGUUUGAGUGUAAAUAGCAGCAUAAUUUUUGAUUUGUUGCUAAGGGCUUGUUGUGAAAUGAAGAAGGCCGACGAGGCUGUUGACUGCUUCUACUUGAUGGUAGAUAAAGGUUUUAUGCCUAAGACUGAGACGUGCAAUGACAUGCUGAGUUUGUUCUUGAAAUUGAACCCAAACGGAGAGAGUGUGGGUUUUGUAUGCUGA